AUGCUUCUUCUCAACGAGAGCGCGCAAAGACAAAGCACGAAUCACCCUCCCCACGAUGCCGAGGUGCGUCGCGCCAGCGCGCGGAAGGGCGCCCGACGGUUCCGCGUUCUCCAGGAGGAGACGCUGGCGCGACGCAGAGCCGGGCCCACCCCGGGCCGGCCGGCCGGCCGGCGCGACGUUCUCGGCCCGAGCGUUGAUUCCACGUGUCUGAACGAACAGGCAGCUACCCCUGUGCCAGCGGAACGCACUGUCGUGGGGUCAGCGAGCGUCCUCGGGGGAGGGGGCCACCCUCACGAGUCAUCCGCCGACCAUCAGCAGCGUCCGGAGAACGCACUCGACGCUCUGCUAGACGAGCUGCAAACCUUCUCCCGACCAGGCUCGCAGAUGGGCCACGUGUCGGGCGGCCUGUCAGUGCAUCCGGGCUCGAAUACACUCCUGGCCGACAUCGGCCGCGCCUCCAGCCUCCGAGAAUCAACGAGUGUCGCGGCUACCACCGGCGGCGGCGGCAGCGGCGGCGGUGGACGCGCGCCCAACAUCAGCGAUAUCGGCCGGAAGGGCAGCGUGGAUUCCUCCAGCGGUACCCUGACCGCGCCUCCCACCGUCGGCCUGAUGGGCUUGCCCGGGAUGGCGCCGGGCGGCACCCUGCGUCGCUUGCACUCGUACCCCUCAAGCUCGGACACCGACACCUCACCGCCCAUCGCUAGGCUGCAGGCUCUCUCGCUGGAUCAACAGGCGCAGCAACAGCAGUCCCAGCCGGGUGUGCAGAGCUUUCUGCCCGGUCAGAAACCGCCGGUGCCGGAACGGAACGCCGAGCUGCUGCAGCUGGCGAGCACCAGGAGGGUGCCGCCGCCACCGCCACCGCGCACCAGCUCCCGAUCGCCCCUGGCGAGCCCUACCAGCCCGCAGCUGCCGCCCAGGAAUCAUCCGUGUAAUCUGCAAAGCGGCAACGCGACCCUGCGCCGACCCUCGCGCGGCAGCAUCAACAACAGUCUCGUUGGCAAGGAGGGCAAGCCGCCGAUGGCCUUACCGUCGAAUGCCAUCCUGUCCACCGUGGACCAGGUCGCCGGGGCUACAUUGGCGCCGACCGCGCCGGGCGUCGCUCCGCCACACAACUCGCAAUCCUCCGCGGUGCUGUCGACCAGCAACUCCAGCUCCUGCGAGAGCGUCAACUCGCAGGAGGGGCUGCAGAGCAAACGCGGCCGGCAGGAGCAGCUGGAGCAACGGCAUCAGGAGCUACUCAGGAAGCAGAAGGCCCUGCAGGAGCAGUACGCCAGGCUGCAGCAGCUGCAGAGGAACGCGGCCGGUCUCACCACCGUGCCGCCGGCACCGCCCGAUCUUCUCAAGAAGACCGGCUCCGAGAGCAACCUCCUGGCGAAGAUGGGCCUCGGCCUGAGCGCGGCAAGUUCCGGAUCCCUCACCAGCCUCAGCCUCAAGCCCCAGAUCCUGCAGGAAGCCAUGGGCGACGGUGGUAACCAGGUGGCCAAGGUGGUCGAGAUCAUCAACGGGCAAGCGAUUCCGACGACCGUCGCGGCGACGACCAACGGCCAGAUCCCCGGUACCACAUCCACGACGAUGGUAUCGGGCGCGACGACCAUCGGCUUGGCCACUACCGUCACCACGUCCACCACGACCACCAGCAAGGUCUACGAGACGGACAUUCUGUGA